AUGUUCCUAUCAGAUCAGCACUUACCUCUCCCACUUACCUACCUCUCCCACCAGGCAGCGGCAUCACCAGGCGGCGGAUCGCGCGCCACGUGUGCCCUUUCCGCGCUGAUUCCCUUCUUUUCCAGCCUUUUCCCGCCGCUUCCCGCUCUUGCCCAUGGUUUCCCAUGGUUUUCCUUCCCGCCGUUUCCCGCCGUCUUCCUCGGUCAACUUGAUCCCCUCCGUUUCCUGCUCGUUCCGCGCUGCAGGCGGCGCAAUGUGCUCGUUCCGCGCUGCAGGCGGGGCGAUGUGCGCGUUCCGCGCUGCAGGCGGGCGCAAUGUGCGCGUUCCGCGCUGCAGGCGGGGCGAUGUGCGCGUUCCGCGCUGCAGGCGGGGCGAUGUGCGCGUUCCGCGCUGCAGGCGGGGCGAUGUGCGCGUUCCGCGCUGCAGGCGGGGCGAUGUGCUCGUUCCGUGCUGCAGGCGGGGCGAUGUGCGCGUUCCGCGCUGCAGGCGGGGAGAUGUGCUUGUUCCGCGCUGCAGGCGGGGCAAUGUGCUUGUUCCGCGCUGCAGGCGGGGCGAUAUGCUCGUUCCGCGCUGCAGGCGGCGCGAUGUGCUCGUUCCGCGCUGCAGGCGGCGCAAUGUGCACGUUCCGCGCUGCAGGCGGGGCGAUGUGCGCGUUCCGCGCUGCAGGCGGCGCAAUGUGCUCGUUCCGCGCUGCAUGUGGCGCAAUGUGCGCGUUCCGCGCUGCAGGCGCGGCGUGUUGCUUCUUUCCUGAUUCCCGCCCUUUUCUGCCGGUUUCCCGCCUUGUACGAAGAACGUAUGACCGUGGCGCCGCCGCCCGCCUCUCAGCCAAUCACGGAUGGCCACGUGGCGGGGCAGGUGGGCAACGGCGCGGCGAGGAGAGAGGCACGAGGUGAGACCAUGACGAGGCGUCAUCACCUCCUGUACUCCCCUCUCCUCACCUCGUCCGUCCCCCCGUACUCAUCUCCUCUCGUCCUCUCUUCUCACCUCCCCUGUCCCCCGUACUCACCUCCUAAACGCGCUUGUUUUGUGCCCUCGUUAUGCCCUCCCCCCCUGACCUCCUUAAUCCCCCCUCGCCUCCUCUUCCCCCCCCCAAUCACCGCCUCUCUCACCCUCCACCCUCCCACCCCAGAGGUGGCUGAGCACUCAUCUCUGCUCCCCUGCGCUCACCUCUGCUCCCCUGCGCUCACCUCUGCUCCCCUGCGCUCACCUCUGCUCCCCUGCGCUCACCUCUGCUCCCCUGCGCUCACCUCUGCUCCCUGCUGCACUCACCUCUGCUCCCCUGCACUCACCUCUGCUCCCCUGCACUCACCUCUGCUCCCCUGCACUCACCUUUACUGUUCACCCACUUUUCACACCACCGUUUCCCCGUCCCCCACUGUUCACGCCAUUGUUUCCCCGUCCCCAAAUGUUCACACCACUGUUUCUCCGUCCCCCGUUGUUCACACCACGGUUUUUUCCCCACUGUUCACCCACCUUUUGUUCCCUCUGUUCCCUCUGUUCACCCCUCUGCCAUCCCCGCUUGCUCGCCAUGCUCCCCGCACUCACUUGCUAUGCUCCCUCCCCUCCCCCCACUCACUCAUUGCCCGAAACAUCCAGCCAGAGGUGGCUGAGCACUCAUCUCUGCUCCCCUGCGCUCACCUCUGCUCCCCUGCGCUCACCUCUGCUCCCCUGCGCUCACCUCUGCUCCCCUGCGCUCACCUCUGCUCCCCUGCGCUCACCUCUGCUCCCCUGCGCUCACCUCUGCUCCCCUGCGCUCACCUCUGCUCCCCUGCACUCAUCUCUGCUCCCCUGCGCUCACCUCUGCUCCCCUGCGGUCACCUCUGCUCCCCUGCGCUCACCUCUGCUCCCCUGCGCUCACCUCUGCUCCCCUGCGCUCACCUCUGCUCCCCUGCGCUCACCUCUGCUCCCCUGCGCUCACCUCUGCUCCCCUGCACUCACCUCUGCUCCCCUGCACUCACCUCUGCUCCCCUGCACUCACCUCUGCUCCCCUGCACUCACCUUUACUGUUCACCCACUUUUCACACCACCGUUUCCCCGUCCCCCACUGUUCAUGCCAUUGUUUCCCCGUCCCCCACUGUUCACGCCAUUGUUUCCCCGUCCCGAAAUGUUCACACCACUGUUUCUCCGUCCCCCGUUGUUCACACCACGGUUUUUUCCCCACUGUUCACCCACCUUUUGUUCCCUCUGUUCCCUCUGUUCACCCCUCUGCCAUCCCCGCUUGCUCGCCAUGCUCCCCGCACUCACUUGCUAUGCUCCCUCCCCCCACUCACUCAUUGCCCAAAACAGCCAGCCAGUACCCCUUGUUUGCUCUUCGGUGAAGGGGGUGGUGGGCGUGGUGCUCACAGAGAAGGGUGGGUGCAUAAAGAGGCGGUGUGGGAGCGUGAGGUGGAGCACGUGUCCGGAGGAGAGCUGCAGCGCUUUGCCGUUGGAGUGGUGGGGGGGCAGCUGGGAGACAGACAUCUACAUGUGUGGGAGCGUGAGGUGGAGCAUCUGUCAGGAGGCGAGCUGCAACGGUUUGCCAUUGGAGUGGUGGCGGGGCAGCUGGGAGACAUCUACAUGUUCGAUGAGCCUUCCAGCUACCUGGACGUGCGGCAGCGAUUGAAGGCAGCGCAGGUCAUCCGCUCGCUGCUGCGCCCCGACAGAUACGUCAUUGUGGUGGAGCACGAUCUCAGUGUGCUCGACUAUCUCUCGGACUUCAUCUGCUGCCUCUACGGCAAGCCCGGUGCCUACGGGGUGGUCACGCUGCCCUUCUCCGUGCGAGAGGGCAUCAACAUCUUCCUGGCUGGCUUCGUGCCAACCGAGAACCUGCGCUUCCGAGACGAGUCGCUCACAUUCAGGGUUGCUGAAACCCCAGUCGAUAACCCUGAAGAGGCCAAGACGUACACGCGCUACAAGUACCCGCGCAUGGUCAAGAAGCAGGGCGGAUUCAAGCUGACGGUGGAACCUGGUGACUUCACGGACUCACAGAUCGUGGUGAUGCUGGGGGAGAACGGCACCGGCAAGACCACCUUUAUCCGCAUGCUGGUAGGGAAGCUGUCUCUCAUGGGUGCGCAUGCUGGUAGGCACAUGCGGCUCUCUCAAGGCCGGACCCAGAUGAGGAAACCGGCAAGGAGGCCCAAGGCCGGCCUCUUGAAGGCAGAUCCAGACGAGGAGACCGGGAAAGAAGCUGAGGACCUCCCGGAGUUCAACGCUGGUCUCUUAAAGGCUGACCCGGACGAGGAGACCGGCAAGGAGGCCGAGGACCUCCCGGAGUUCAACGUGUCGUACAAGCCGCAGAAGAUCUCCCCCAAGUUCCCCCACAGCGUGCGCGCGCUGCUGCACUCCAAGAUCCGCGACUCGUUCCACCACCCGCAGUUCAACACCGACGUGCUGCGCCCCAUGCAGAUCGACCCGCUCCUGGACCAGGAGGUGGUGAAUUUGUCGGGUGGGGAGCUGCAGCGCGUGGCUAUUACCCUUUGUCUGGGAAAGAUCGACCCCCUGCUCGACCAGGAGGUGGUGAAUUUGUCAGGAGGAGAGUUGCAGCGUGUGGCUAUUUCCCUCUGCCUUGGGAAGGUGCGUCGCUAUUUCCCUCUUUUUGGGAAGCCUGCCGACAUCUACCUCAUAGACGAGCCCUCGGCCUAUCUGGAUUCGGAGCAGCGCAUCGUGGCAGCCAAGCCUGCCGACAUCUACCUGAUUGAUGAACCCUCAGCCUACUUGGAUUCAGAGCAGCGCAUUGUGGCGGCCAAGGUGAUCAAGCGCUUCAUCCUGCACGCCAAGAAGACGGCGUUUGUGGUGGAGCACGACUUCAUCAUGGCCACGUACCUGGCGGACCGCGUCAUCGUGUACGAGGGGCAGCCGUCGGUGGACUGCACGGCGCGCACGCCCCAGUCGCUCAACAGCGGCAUGAACCUCUUCCUCUCGCAACUGGACAUCACGUUCCGGCGCGACCCCACCAACUUUCGGCCGCGCAUCAACAAGAUGGAUUCUGUCAAGGACCGCGAGCAGAAGAGUGCCGGCACCUACUACUACCUGGACGACUGA